GUUUUCAAGAACAAAAAAAUAAUAAUUAAAAUUUUAAUUUUUAAAGAAAGGUUAAGCAGCACUCUGUCUUCAUUUUUUAUACAAUUUUUUAGGGAGUUUAAAGAAAAUGGCAAAAUUUAUUUUUAGGGUUUUCUUGGCUGUGAUUUUAUUAUUUUUGAGUAACAGAGUAAAUGGAAAAGCUAAUUUUAAAGAUGUUGAAGAGAAAUUAAAGCAGCUUAACAAGCCUGCAGUGAAGACCAUACAGAGUGAAGAUGGGGAUAUCAUUGAUUGCGUCGAAAUCUAUAAACAACCUGCUUUUGAUCACCCUGCAUUAAGGAAUCACGUUAUCCAGAUGAAACCCAGUUUCGAUUUAAAAGAACUGAAAAUCAACUCGAAAAAUGAGUCGUCGAAACUAACUGUGUUUCAAACAUGGCAAAAAAGCGGAAGCUGUCCGGAAGGAACUGCAGCAACUCUUGUUACAGUUGGAUACAAUUACAUAGGAGCUAAAGCAGAUAUCAAUGUUUGGAAUCCAAAUGUUGAAUCUGAAGAUGAGUUCACUACUGCUCAAAUUUGGCUUAAAGCUGGCCCUGGUGAUAAUUUUGAAAGCUUGGAAUCCGGAUGGAUGGUAAACCCACAAUUAUAUGGUGACAAAAAGACUAGAUUUUUUGCACAUUGGACUAAAGAUUCAUACAAGACAACAGGUUGCUUUGAUCUCCAUUGCAGUGGCUUCGUUCAAACAAGCUCCAAAGUUGCCUUUGGUGGAGCCCUUGCGCCUGUCUCCACUGAGUUUGGUCAACAGUAUUAUAUCAAUGUUGGCAUAUUUAUGGAUCCAAACACGAACAAUUGGUGGCUAAAAAUUAAAGAAGAUUUGAUAAUUGGGUAUUGGCCAGCAUCAAGCCUACUAUUUUACUUGAAUCAUAGUUCAACAAUAGUGUCUAUUGUGGUCAAUUUUCAAGACCCAAAGAACAGAUUUUCGUUUUUAAAGAAAAGGUUAAGAAGCACUUUGUCUUCAUUACUUAUACAAUUUUUUAGGGAGCGUAAAACAAUGGCAAAUUUUAUUUUUUGGGUUUUCUUGAUUCUGGUUUUAUCAUAUUUGAGUAACAGACUAAAUGGAAAAGCUACUUUCAAAGAAAUUCACGCAGAUGUUGAUGGGAAAUUAAAGCAGCUUAACAAGCCUGCUGUGAAGACCAUACAGAGUGAUGAUGGGGAUAUUAUCGAUUGUGUCAAUAUCUAUAAACAACCUACUUUCGAUCACCCUGCAUUAAGGAAUCACGUUAUUCAGAUGAAACCCAGUUUCAAUUUCAAAGAAAUGGAAUUCAAUUCAAAAAAUUGGUCGUCGAAGCUAACUGUGUUUCAAACAUGGCAAAAAAGCGGAAGCUGCCCGAAAGGAACUGUCCCAAUUCGAAGGAUUCGAAGGGAGGAUUUACUGAGAACAAAAUCUGUCCAACAGUUUGGAAGAAAACCUCAAGAAGUUGUCUUGAAAUCAAACACAACAAUUGAACAUAAAGAUGGUCGAUUUCCAUCUAUUAAUAGCAACGCACUCGCAUUUCCUGCUGUUGUUAACCGAUCCGCAGCAAUUCUUGUUACAGUUGGAGCAAAUUACACAGGAGCUAAAGCGAAUAUCAAUGUCUGGAACCCAAAUGUUGAAUCUGAAGAUUUCACUACUGCUCAAGUUUGGCUUAAAGCUGGCCCUAAUGAUAAUUUUGAAAGCAUAGAAUCCGGAUGGACGGUAAACCCACAAUUAUAUGGUGACAAAAAGACCAGAUUAUUUGCACAUUGGACUAAAGAUUCUUACAAGACAACAGGUUGUUUUGACCUCCAAUGCAGUGGCUUCAUUCAAACAAGCUCUAAAAUUGCCCUUGGUGCAGCCAUUUCGCCUAUCUCCAUGGAGUUAGGCCAACAGUACUAUAUCACCAUUGGCAUUUAUAUGGAUGAAAACACAAACAAUUGGUGGCUAAUAUUUGGGAAUGGUAUAGCAGUUGGGUAUUGGCCAGCAUCAACACUAAAUGCCUUGAAGAAUAGUGCAACAAUGGUUGAAUGGGGUGGACAAGUUUAUAGCUCAACUGUGAGGAAAUCGCCACACACCAAGACCGCCAUGGGGAGUGGCAAAUUUGCUUCUAGUCUAAAAGGGAAUGCAUGUUACAUGGAGAAUAUUGCCAUUGUGGAUUUCUCAACGCAACUUCAGUACCCACCUGAGGUGACCACUUUGGCUGAAGAGAAUUAUUGCUACACUGCAUUAAAUCACCAAGAUGGAUCCGAAAGUUCACCAACUUUUUACUUUGGGGGACCUGGUCAGAAUUAUAAUUGUCCAUAGAGUCCUCUAGAUAGUUUUUGUUCUUGUUUUUGGCUUGUGUCCAUGGUUUAUAUUAUAAUAAAAUCAUGGUUUGCGUAGGUGAAAGUACAAUUAACUCUCUCUAUAACAGCUCUAUUUAUCUAUUAAGAUUUUACCUAUUAUAGAGAGACAGUUGUUGUACGCCUAUAAUACCAUUUUGUUAUUGUGAGAUAA